AUGGCCGCGCUGGGCAGAGCCCUGCGUGCGGCGGCCACCCGCCCUCGCCCGGGCCCCGCUCCGGGCCUGGGGCCCCGUCCCCUGAGCAGCGGGGCCGGCCCGGCCGCCGAGAAAAGCGUGCCGUACCAGCGGACCCUGAAGGAGGCCGGGGACCCCGAGGCGGCCCGGGGCCCCAGCCGGCCCCUGCCCGGCGAGGCCGACGUGGUGGUCAUCGGCGGCGGCAGCCUGGGCUGCCAGACCCUGUACCACCUGGCCAAGCUGGGCGUGCGCGGCGUGCUGCUGGAGAGGGAGCGCCUCACCUCGGGGACCACCUGGCACACCGCAGGCCUGCUGUGGCAGCUGCGGCCCAGCGACGUGGAGGUGGAGCUGCUGGCCCACACGCGGCGCGUGGUGAGCCGCGACCUGGAGGCGGAGACGGGGCUGCACACGGGCUGGAUCCAGAACGGCGGCCUGUUCAUCGCGUCCAACCGGCAGCGCCUGGACGAGUACAAGAGGCUCAUGUCGCUGGGCAAGGCCUACGGCGUGGAGUCCCACGUGCUGAGCCCCGCGGAGACCAAGGCGCUGUACCCGCUGAUGAACGUGGACGACCUGUACGGGACCCUGUACGUGCCGCACGACGGCACCAUGGACCCCGCCGGCACCUGCUCCACCCUCGCCAGGGCCGCCGCCGCCCGGGGAGCGCAGGUCAUCGAGAACUGCCCCGUGACGGGCAUCCGCGUGCGGACGGACGACUUCGGCGUGCGGCGGGUGGCGGCCGUGGAGACGGAGCGCGGCGCCGUGCAGACGCCCUGCGUGGUCAACUGCGCAGGCGUGUGGGCGGGCGCGGUGGGCCGGAUGGCGGGCGUCAAGGUGCCGCUGGUGGCCAUGCACCAUGCCUACGUGGUGACCGAGCGCGUCGAGGGCAUCCAGAACAUGCCCAACGUCCGCGACCACGACGCCUCCAUCUACCUCCGCCUCCAGGGGGACGCCCUGUCCGUGGGCGGCUACGAGGCCAACCCCAUCUUCUGGGAGGAGGUGUCGGACAAGUUCGCUUUCGGCCUCUUCGACCUGGACUGGGACGUGUUCUCCCAGCACAUCGAGGGGGCCGUCAACCGGGUGCCCGUGCUGGGCAAGACGGGGGUCAAGUCCACCGUCUGCGGCCCAGAGUCCUUCACGCCCGACCACAAGCCCCUGAUGGGGGAGGCGCCCGAGCUGCGCGGCUUCUUCCUGGGCUGCGGCUUCAACAGUGCAGGGAUGAUGCUGGGCGGCGGCUGCGGGCAGGAGCUGGCCCACUGGAUCGUCCACGGGCGCCCGGAGAAGGACAUGUACGGCUACGACAUCAGGCGCUUCCACCACUCGCUCACCGACCACCGGCGCUGGAUCCGCGAGCGCAGCCACGAGUCCUACGCCAAGAACUACGCCGUGGUCUUCCCGCACGACGAGCCGCUGGCCGGCCGCAACAUGCGCACCGACCCGCUGCACGAGGAGCUGCUGGCACGAGGCUGUGUGUUCCAGGAGCGGCACGGCUGGGAGCGGCCAGGGUGGUUUAACCCCGGAGGCGCGGCCCCGGUCCUGGCCUACGACUACUACGGGGCGUACGGGCACCAGGCACACCAGGACUACGCCUACAACCGGCUGCUGGGGGCCGAGUACACCUUCGACUUCCCGCCCCACCACGAGGUGAUCCGGCGGGAGUGCCUGGCCUGCAGAGGCGCGGCUGCCGUGUUCGACAUGUCCUACUUCGGCAAGUUCUACCUGGUGGGCCCCGACGCCAGGAAGGCCGCCGACUGGCUGUUCUCCGCCGACGUCAGCCGGCCCCCAGGCUCCACGGUGUACACCUGCAUGCUGAACGCGCGGGGCGGCACCGAGAGCGACCUGACCGUCAGCCGCCUGGCCCCCGGCCCCGAGGCCGCGGCCCUCGCCCCCGCCUUCGAAGGCGAUGGCUUCUACCUGGCGGUGGGCGGGGCCGUGGCCCAGCACAACUGGUCGCACAUCACCUCGGUGCUGCAGGACCGGCGGCUCCGCUGCCAGCUCAUCGACAGCUCCGAGGACCUGGGCAUGAUCAGCAUCCAGGGCCCGGCCAGCCGGGCCAUCCUCCAGGAGGUGCUUGAGGCCGACCUGAGCAACGAGGCCUUCCCCUUCUCCACCCACCAGCUGGUGCGAGCCGCCGGGCACCUGGUGCGGGCCAUGCGGCUGUCCUUCGUGGGCGAGCUGGGCUGGGAGCUGCACAUCCCCAGGCCGGCCUGCGUGCCCGUGUACCGGGCCGUGAUGGCCGCCGGCGCCAAGCACGGCCUCGUCAACGCCGGCUACCGGGCCAUCGACUCGCUGAGCAUCGAGAAAGGCUACCGGCACUGGCACGCGGACCUGCGGCCGGACGACAGCCCCCUGGAGGCGGGCCUGGCCUUCACCUGCAAGCUCAAGUCCGAGGUGGCCUUCCUGGGCCGUGAGGCCCUGCAGCGGCAGCGGGCGGCCGGCCUCCGCCGGCGCCUGGUCUGCUUCACCGUGGACGAGAAGGUGCCCAUGUUCGGCCUGGAGGCCAUCUGGAGGGACGGCCAGGUGGUGGGCCACGUGCGCAGGGCCGACUUCGGCUUCGCCAUCGACAAGACCGUCGCCUACGGCUACAUCCGGGACCCCAGCGGCGGGCCGGUCUCCCCGGACUUCGUGAAGAGCGGGGACUACAGCCUGGAGCGGAUGGGCGUGGCCUACCCCGCCUGGGCCCACCUCAAGUCCCCCUUCGACCCGGACAACAAGAGGGUGAAGGGCAUCUACUGA